AUGACGAGGGAGUUAUUACUCUCCCUAGUGCACAAUGCCAGCACCCAGCUGAGUAACGAACUGGUGGCACUGAAUGACGACAUUUUAUUUUUACAAAAUGAGUUAAGCUUGAGUAAGAACAAACACUGCUCCGAUCUGGUGAAAAGAAAAACAGAUACAACCAAGGAGCAGAAGUUAAAACGAUUGAGUGCCUUUUUGACAAAGUACGUGACCUUUUUGAUGGAUAAAAGGGAAGGCAGUGCCCCCCCCGGUUGUUAUUACUCUCAUGUGGUGAGCAGAACUGGCGGAAUUGCAAGUUUGAUGGGAGGCAUGAGCGAUGCGGAUACAAGCAAUGAACGUAAUGCAGCGGAACGUUUGAAAGAUUUGUGCCAGAAGAGAAGCGCACUGGAGGAUAUGCUGCAUCUGCUGCGGAUAAGUGAGGUGCAAAAGUUGAGUGACGACAAGUCGCAAGACGUAUUUUCCGACUUGAUGUUUCAGCUGAAGAGUUCGAUCCUCGGGGGAGCGGAGCAUUUGUUCAGCAGGAUGUGGAGCAGUGGAGGGGGGGAUAAAUUUCGCGGGGGCAAAGCGAGUGGCAAAGCGAGCGGCAGUGGUACUGAUGAUGAAUGGAAUGCCGCGCGAGGGGACCACUCCUCCACCGCGGCAUCAGCCGAGUCAGGGGGAAACUCCAGCCGCGAACGGGUGAGCGAUUUGGAGGAAGCAGACGGGGCAUCAGAUGUGCACACUGGUGGCACACCGAGGGGAGAGAGCCCUGCGAAAAGCCCCUCACUAGGUGGACACCACUCCGAAAAGGGAAGCCCCUUAAAUUGGAAGUCGCACACGGAGGAGAGACCCCUUCCAAAGAGUGGCUCCCUCACAAGUCCGUUUUUAAAAAAACAGCAAAAGUGCGGGAGUAGAAAUAACCCGGGCGAUUCCUCCCUGCAAAGGUUCCAUUUGAUGAGAAAAUGCUUUAGUAACACGAGGGGGGCCGCCACGUCGUUCCUCUUCGACCGUGAUGGGGGGGUGAACGGAGGAGAAGCGGCAAUACCAAUGCAAACCAGAAGAAGUGAAAAACGUAAAAUUCCCCUUUUGAGGAAAUCCUCACGUGGAGAAUCAACCCAUCUGGAGAAUAAACACACAAACGUGGCAGUCCUGAAAGGGCAUAUCGAAAAGGGAAGCCCCAAAAUGCCAGUCAAGACGAUCCCCCCGUCGAUAAAUAAAGCUGGCAAAAAUGUGUGCACAAGAAAGGGGAGCAACGAACCGAAUGGUGAAGCAUUGGGAGAACGGGACCGAUCGGGUUCGUUUGACUCGCUCUCCUCAUCUUCUUCCGACGCGUCUGCAUCGAGAGGACCCGGGGGGGAGAAAACCGGAUCGGGCAACCAGAUGGGGAGAAAAAAGUACCUCAUCAGAAUAAACCGAAAGGGGCAUGGCAGUUUUGAAGUUACGAAGGAGGGAGCAAACUCGUCCGGUCGUGUCUACGAUUUUGAGGUCCUUUAUGAGGGGGGUGAUGAAGUGGUCGGCAUGUCGGAUGCCGCUACACCGCAGCAGGGGACGCCCAAACAGUUGGUGCACUUUUCAUUUUUGAGGAGGGGGGGGAAGGUAUGCGGCGUGGAGAAGUUACAAAUUGGGGACAGCGAGUUGGUGAGGAGUCUCCAUUUCGGGAGUGCCACCCAGGGUGCGCCUCGCGAUGCGGAUGCUAACGAAGAUGGCGUGACGGCAGGGGACCCCCUGGUGCCGCCGCAAAGGAAGGGGCGUGCCAAGAAGGAAGCGCGAAAGCGAAUCAAUUGGCUGGAAGAGAGUUUGAAAAACUUGCGGGAGGAGAAUUUCAGGAAGAAGUACGAGCUGACGAGGAUGCUAGACGAUGUGAGGAGGAGACAAAUGAAAGGGGUGGUGAGCGGCGGUGGGGGGAACUCUUCCGGGGGUGACUUCUCCGGGGGUAACCACCCCGCAGGUGCAGAGUCCUACAACAUGGAGUUCGUAGAAACGAACCGGCUGCGCGGGCUGUACAUCCACAUGCUGGACAAGCAGAGCCAACUGGAGAGGGACAAAAAUUUCUACAAAAAGGAGCUAGAAACAUUGCAAGAAGAUAUAAAAAACGAAGCAGCUCCAUUGGCCGAUUUUCUGAGGGAAGAGAAGCACAAGUUCAUAGAAAGAGAAAAAGAAUUUUACAAAAAGGAAAAGAAAUAUUUCCAAGUGAAGAACCAGUUGAGGAAAAAAGUGACCCACCUUGAAAAUCAGUUGGAGAUAGCCCAAGAGACGUUAAACAAAGAGAGGGAAGUGAACAAAAGCUUGAGGAGUACCAUCACGGAAAAUCUAUCCCUCAUGGAAAAAAAGGAUAACGAAAGGAGGAACUCCGAUUUGGCAAAUGAGUCUAAGAUAAAAAAUUUGAAUACAGAGCUGCAGGAGCUCAUGGAUACCGUGGUGGUAGAGAAAAAAGAAAAAAAUAAAUUGCAGGAGGAAAUCUCUCUCAUCAGGAAGGACGUCUCUUUUGAUCACUUCAAAAAAGUGGUACUUGAAAAAAUUACAAAAACGAAUUGCGAUAUAAAGUACCUGGCCGAGAUCCUCGAGUUGUUGACGAAGGAGCUGGAGAAUAAAAUAUCCAAGGAGAGUUCCAACGAAAGACAUGUGCGCGAAUUGGAAGAGGAGUGCUCGAGGAAGACCAAACUGUUAAGCUGUGCGGAGGGUAAAAUGAACAAAGAUAAGCGCAAGAUGAGGAAGAUGAGGGAGGAAAUAGCCUAUCUGCAUGAGAAGAAUAAAAACCUGGUGGAGAGCGUCAAGUGUAUGGUUUCCCAGGGGGUGGGGGGAUUUCCUAACGAGGUGAUCUCUCCAGAGGGCGGGGGGACCACCUCCCCAGAGGAGGGUGCUUACUACUGUUCUUCCGAUGAACGAGAUGCAGCAUUAUUGCAGCACCUCUCCCCGCGGGAGACCUCACAGAUUGCCAAGUCGAAUGACACCGCUGGGAGGAACAGAAAAGGGAGGAGGAGGAGGAGGGGGCGCGCGCCAAGUAAAGGCAAAAGGCGAUUCAGCAAAAAUGGGCAGAGCUGCACCAGCUUCUCCGACAACAGUUCGCUAUUCCUCUGCCACGACAUGGACACUAAGCGGGGGUGCUCGUCCGACGAGCUGGCGAGCGGCCCGCCCUACGAGUGCCGGGGGGUCAUUCGGCACAGCUUUAGGUGGGAGCGGUGA